AUGCUCUCCCUGUCUGAUGCCUCUGAGUGCAGUGGGACGAGCGGCUCUUCAGAAGUCCGACCUCGAGAUGAGAUCAAAGGUGCUGGGAUCAGUCUGAUGAGCGCGUUCGCCGCCACAAUAAAAGCCCUGCCGUCAGCGCGGCAGUGGCGUCAGCUCAGCGGAGGCCCGGGCGUCAGCUCAGCGGAGGCCCGGUCCUCAGCGCUCAGGCCUCAGCGGGGGGAACUGGCGCUGGCUCAAUAA